AUGCGCCUGAUCGACCUCUCCCUUCCACUGUAUGAUGGGAUGCCGGUGUACGACGGUGACCCACCGGUGCGCGUCACGAAGGUGUGCACGCGCGACAAGGACGGGUGGGAGGUGCGGCAGCUGCAGAUGGGUUCCCACACCGGCACACACGUUGACGCGCCUGUUCACAUGCACGAAGGCGGCAGCAGCCUAGACGAAGUCCCUCUGACCCGGUUUUGUGGACCGGCAGUGGGAGUGAGGGUUGCAGACGCAUCGUUCCCACCAAACAAAGGGCUGCUCUUUUGCGAAGCCGUGCCGGCCGACUGUGUGCCGCGGAUCGUGGCCGCCAACGCGCCAUUUGCUGGGGGCCCGCUGGAGGAAAAGACGGAGCGGCUUCUGCUGAGUCGCGGCAUCAUCACCUACACGGACCUGGUGAACGUCGAGGAGCUCAUUGGCGAGUCCUUUACAUUUUACGGGCUUCCGUUGCGUAUUCGGGGCGGCGAUGGCUCGCCGGUGCGUGCGGUAGCUGUUAUGGACGCCAAGUAG